AUGUCCGCAAACGCCAUCUUGGGACACAAAUGGGAAGCUACGGAUUUCUGCAAAUGUAUUUGCUUCGGUUCAAAUUAUACCAUUCUGAACAUGCAGAUACCUGACAACCCGGCUCAGCCAUGUUUAUCGUGUACUAAACAAUGGUGUCUCAAUCAGAAUUUGCCAAUAUGCGCAGGAGCCACUCUAGGAGUUGCUGACCCAGAUACAGCGACAGGAAAGGAGGGCGAUGUUGAAGCUAGGUGUUUCCAGAGGGAUUCUCCCAGGGACCAGUUGGUCGUGACCUUGUUCCUGUUGACUGUGUUUGGGCUCCUGCUCGGUGCCGGCAUUAAAAGCAGGAUGGUGAAAGCAGGCUUUGAUACUAACAUUCCGUGGAAUGCGGGCAAGCGUUGGUGGGAGGCCUGGGCACCGCAGAGAUUGCCUGAAGACAUGGCCUUGGGAGAUCGUUUCCGCGGUCUACUUGGACGUGGAACUCGUAAUAGGGGAGAGUAUAUCGGGAUUUCCGAUUUCCCUUCUUCACCGCAUUGA